AUGGUGAUCAUUACGUAUGUACCAAGACUGGACCAAUUGGGCCAACCAAUGAAACUUCCGCAGGCAAAAUGCAGAUGUUCAAACUGCGAACGAGAUGUCGGAGCCAACCAUUUUAGGAGGCGUAUGAAAAAAUGUCUCGGCUUGGAAAUAAAUUCUGCUAGGGCAGCAUCGCGUCGUAGUACCACCACCGUCAAGUACACAGAAUCCGAAACUGUCAGCAGCGACGAUGAGGACGACGACUGGGAUAAGAGUAAGAAACGCAAACAUAAAUCCACGAAGAAUCCAGCCAAAAAUAGGAAGUAA